AUGGAUUACGGACAACCUGGAGGUCGUGGCUGCUACAACUGCGGCGACGCAUCCCAUCAAGCUCGAGAUUGUCCGAAGCGCGGGACUCCAACAUGCUACAACUGUGGGGAAGAGGGUCACGUGUCCCGUGAGUGCAAUGCGCCUCAGAAAGAAAAAUCUUGCUAUCGCUGCGGCGAGACUGGUCAUAUCUCGCGUGAGUGUCCACAGAGUGGUGGAAUGGGCGGCGGGGGUAUGAGCGGAGGCUACGGUGGCGGCGGAGGAGGAGGAGCAGCAGGCGGCGGCGGCGGCCAGGAAUGCUACAAAUGCGGUAAAAUCGGGCACAUUGCCCGCAACUGCGACCAGGGUGGAUAUGGAGGUGGUGGUGGUGGCUAUGGCGGAGGGGUGUGGAGGGGGGUAUGGUGGUGGUGGUGGUGGCUGGGGCUCUGGCGGCGGUGGCCAACGUGGCGGAGGAGGUAG